UUCCCACUAAAAGUCAUGAAAGCUUUAAUAAAUUCUUUAGGGCAAUCUAAAUAAACGGAGAAAGAAGAGAGACAAGGAGUCUUCAUCGGAAAGGAUUUACGAUUACUUCUAUGGGCCUUACUCCAAACACUAUCUUUGGACUCUGACAGGGAACAACAAAUGGAUGAGCUUUGAAAAUGAUCCUCGCAUUGUUAGAGACAACAACUUCCAAUGGGAGCAAUUGACUAACCUCAUUGUCAAUUCAAAAGCAGAUGAUUUCUAUAAGAUUAUGGAGAAAUUUAACAAGGACAAAAAUCGGAGGAAAAGGAACGCUGAAGAAAUGAAACUUGCUAAUAGCCAUAACACUAGUCAACAAGUUGGCAGUAUUUUGCUAUAGUUUUAUGGUAUAGUAGAAGAAACCAGACCCGUUGUUAAAAGUCGCCUCAGAAGUCAGAUUGAUAUAGUGAAUGCAACGAUGAAGAAGUUCCAAGAGCCAGUCCUUAAGAGGAAGACCACUAGAACACCUCUCGAUUCUUUAAUUCCAAGAGGUAAAGAGGCUAUUAAAAAUUGUUUCUAGACUCUAAUUGAAAAUUUGAUAUAGAUAGUGGAACUAAUCUGACUCCUAAGGUUAGCAGAAACCUUGAAUGGUCUCAAUACGGGACGGAAAACAUCAGAGCAUCUAUGAGCAUUAUUGAAAGCGAAAGCGAAUCAUCUGUUGAUACUCCAAAAUCUACUAAUGUAAUAUGCUUCAUUACUUUAUAUAGAGAAGCAGAUUUGGCAAUAAUCCUAAUCCCGAAAAAUCUUCUUUCAAGACUAGUAAAAAUAGUGAAGAAGAGAAGAAAAUUUCAGGUGCUAGUUACACUUUCUCAAAAUCUGAGGAUUCGAAAACAUCAAUUUCAAGUGAUUCUUACAUUUCAUCAUCAAGUUCAUCCAGUGAAGUCCACUUCAGAAUCAAUGUACACGAUGAAACUGAACUGAAGGAAACAAACCCGAUCACUAUUCAUAUUGGAGAUCUACAGAGCGCUACAAAUACUCUUAAUAAUUCUGAAGAAAACAGGCCUGCUCCAAAACGCCCAAAGAUGACUCUCAAUAUUGACAAGGUAAAGAGCGAAAUGAAAUAAAUGGAACAAUCCUAUUAAAAAGAAUAGAAUCAAGAAGGCAUCGGUACAGAAAACAGAUAGCAUGGAACAAUCCCUAUAUGGCAACGAAGACACUGGAAGCUCUACACAAAGAAGGAAGAUGAGAAGGAAACUAUUUUCCAAGCUCAAACGGUUUAAGACCUUAGAGUUUAAAACUACGAAUCAACUUGUGGCUGACUUGAAAGAGAGCCUCGAGGCCAAUAAGCUUAAUGCUGCCCAAGGGAAACCUAAGGUGAAGAGAAGAAGGAAAAGGUUUAAAACAAAUGCUAGGUUAAAGAGGAAAUCAAGCAAAAACUUAAAAUUUCAGUUCAAUGGGAUCAGCAAAAAUACAAACAACCUCCAUCCUAAUUACCUUCCUAAUGCAACUCUCUCUAAAAGUGAAAAUAUUUCAGUCCAAGAAAUAAAGAAGGAGAUGAGGAAGUCAAGAUCUAGAAUGGAAAGCCUAAUACUAAAAAGUCACUCAGCAUUAAGCAGAAAAUCAGCAUUUACUAAUGCUGCAGCUUCUCCAAGCAAGCUAGAUGAGAUUGAGAGGACAUAUAGCCUCUCAAAGCUUAACUCAAACGUUGAAGCAUCAAUUCAAUCUCAAGUAACUACAUCUUCAAAUUAUAAGACACGAAGUAAUGUCAAGCAAGACAGAAGCUCAUCUUUUCAAUCAGAAAAGUUCAAGAAUUUAGAUCUCAAAAGACUAAUGUCCCCUGAAAAGAAAAGGAGCAUCUCUUUGAUGUCAAAAUCUGAGUCAAGUAGUUUUUCGAAUAGCUCAGAGACAACUAAGCCUAAAAUCAUUGAAGAAGAUCCCACUGGAAAAAAGAUUGAAAAUAGCAAGGAAAGUAAACCAGCUGAAAAUAAACCUCUCGAGAUGAUAAAGGUGCCGACUGUAGAUACCAAGCACUUCCUUGAGACUGAUGUUAGCCCAGUUGCCGAAAAGUCUCAGGAGUCAGACUCUUUCAACUUCAAGAGUGAGGAAAAAGACUCAUUGAUAAAACCAUGAGCAUUAGGAAAUGAACAAGAAUCUAAAAAGCACAAAAUAAUUAUCAACAAUAAGACUCUCUUAAACCCCUAUGGACAUCCUGAGAUUCCAAAAUCUAUAACCAGACGAUCCAUAUUCACCAGAAAUGCCCAAAAAGCUACCUCAAAUGCGUACUCCCCCUAUCUAAACCCUCUAGAAACCCUUCUGUCCCCUACAAACCUAUUCUAUGAAAAUCCCCCGCCCCAUUCUCCAAAUCUCCCCCAAAACCCCCACUCAAAACGCAGCCAGCCUCCUCCAAAAAUCCCUGUCUCAAAAGGAAGAGGCCUCAAAGCCCCUUAGUGAUGUUCAGCCCAGAGCCUCUGAGACAUGCCAAAAUUGUAAGACUUUGGUUGUAACAGUACAGAGGGUUAAGAAAUCUAACAUUUCAACCGUGGCUUCACCGAGGAUAAGGAAGAUCAAAGCUGAGAAAGGAAGGAAGUAAGUGGCCGAUAAAGAGGUGUAGAGAUAGGGGUUUGUAUAGGCUUGGGUGGUGUUAAGAUGGGUAUUAAUGAAGCUAAAGCAGAUGUUUUGAACUUUGAUUUUUGGGGAGAUAUUGACUUGGAAUUUUAGAAAACUUACCUUUACGGGUGUCAAACCCAGAAACGAUACAGAUUUAGUUGUCCUAAAAGACUUGAAAAUGCCCAUUUCUCCUAAUCCAAGGAGUAGAGUAGGGUUUACUGGAGGAGCGAUUACCUCUAUAAGAUCUCCCAAAGCAGCAUCCAAAUAUUCAAUAUUUUCAGGGUCAACCACUUGAAAGAGUCCGAAGAGAUCCACCAUAACUCACGAAAGAGUGAAUAGUACAACACAAAAAUACUCAACAAGAGCAGAAAGCAGAAUCAGUGAUAUGAUAUCGAAUAGGCUUAAAAAUAAACGUAGAUUAAGAAGUCCUAUCAAUCAGUAAGUCUCACAAAUAUCUCUAAGAUUUGAGCACCUAUUAUUUCCUUCAGAACGUCAUACACAAGAUUCCAAGCAUGUUCUAACUCUUCAAGGUUUGCUUUUUGAACAAAAUAUGUUGAAUAAAUCUUUUCACAUUUACUUAAAACAUAAAACUCAUAACCUCAAUAUAGAUCCAAGUUAAGAUUCAAAUCUCCAUCGUUCUCAAUGGAAACACAUUUUGUAUUUUAAAAAUAUAUCA